GAGUGUUCUCUGGGUUUUAAUAAAUUAUUAAUCACUACACAGACUGUAGUUGGGGCUGAAUACGAUGAGAGAAUUAUGCGGAACAAGUUCCACUCCUCCGCUCCGUUCUGGACUUGAUAUUCGAUGGGGCUUCCACGAUGAAAUGAAGUCGCAUAUAACUAUCGCCGUCCGCCCGAGCAAUUCACUGACUGCGAUCAUUUCUCCUGCAUACCGCACUGCCUAUACUGCGAGUAUCUCACCAGCUAAUAUCACCACCAGCGACUCCAAUAAAUCGAGAAUUUCAUCAGUCACUGCUCACCAUGCUGUUAGGCGAGUGGGUUGAUCAGCUCUUCACCAAGGUGUUUUUCCAACCUGAUGAUGACCUCUCCACUAAAACGAUGGAAAGUCAUUUCAGUCGUGAUCUCAAAGUCCGUGUCAAUGGCGUACCCCUUGACUAUGACAAGUACAAAUCUGCCAUUCUGAAUGGCCGUGCGCAAAAUUUGUACUCGAUCCAGAGCAAUCAAGAGCUGCUAUCCAGUCACGACGGAAUUGAAACCGUCGGUAGUGGCGGCUCGGUUGCCCAUAUUUCUACAUACACGGAGAUGGAUAAGAAAACUAGAUUGGAAAAGCAGCAAUCGACGGUUACGUUGGCAACAGUAGCAGUUCUUGAUGGGAAGAAGGUGUUGAUAGAGUUAGUCGAGGUCCAGCGUGAUGCUUGAGAUUGGAGAUAUAAGGGCAGUGGAUCAUUUUUGUUAUCAGGACAAAGAUUUAAUACUGAUCUCUAACACACUGGAAUACUUAAAUAUUAUUAAACUCAAC